GAUAUGCCACCGCAGUUGCGCUCUGGCACUUCCGACAACAAUCCCGCUAAUGGGGAGGGCAGAAACACUUCUGCAGAUGAAAGUCGUGUCGAUUCUCCUCAGUCAACUGCGGACUCAUCUGUGGAGCGGCCAUCUGUAUUUGUGUUUGCUUCUUUACUGCAUACAUGGGAAGAACAGAGGAACAACAACAUGUUCGAUCCGAUACCAACGUUGACAAAGAUGGCUGAAAUGAUCGAAAGUGAAACCGAACAGUUUCUCAAGCAGGAUCCGGAUCCUUUCGAUGACCGUCACCCGGGGAACAUCGACCCAUCAGGUGCAUUAGGCUCAAUGUUGAAAGAGAUCUUCAAGGUAACCCAGUUCGUUUCAAAGCUCGUUGAAAGUUACAUGAUGUGUCGUGACAACCCGAUGUUGACCAUGGCUGCUGCUCGUUUGCUAACCGAUAUUUUACCUGCGCUGGAUCUGUCUGUUGUGUUCGAAGACAACGAUGAUUUCAUUCCUCACCUGUACAGAUGGGCAGAAGAAGGGGAUAUUUGCAUGAGGACAUAUGCUACAGCAAUUCUUGCGGUUGCUUUGGAGGUUUCAGAUAUUGCCGCCAGCUUCAGGGAACGAAGCGUCGCUUUGGUGCCUCUGAUGCUCACGAGGCUGGAAGUGUUGCAGCAGCACGUCGCUGAAGUCCACGAUGUACCAAUGAAUUGUGAGUCCACAAAAGAGGACAAAGCUACAGAAACAGGACCAAACUUUUCCUCUGUGAAAAGCGAAACUUUCACCCAAGACGAAGUUCGGCCGAAGUUGGGUGACGUUCUGCGGCAGGAAGAAAGUGCCGGGCCCUCGUCAGCGGCUUCCAUCCCUGUUCAGACACCGAUUGACACGGUUCGAUGCGAAGAGUCGCAUCUUGCUCAAAAAUGUUGCCAGUCAAUUAGAAUAAAGCGCAGAGCGAGCGAUGCAGGCUCAGUGCCCCCUUUAAAGGCGAAACGGUCUAAACUGUCAAAAUUGGCCGCUGGCCAAGGUAACUUGAGUAACAGUAGCUGGGCUGAACUGGAACCGUAUGUCAUCGGUAAGCAUUGUAUGUAUCCACUUACCUCAAUUAUGCAGCAGAGGAUUAUUCUGCAGUAUCUCACUGCCACUGGCGAAUAUCAGGAGCUCUUGCCGUGUAUUUUCGAAAGGAAAGUUUCGCAGCUGCUCUAUAAUUACAUCGACUUUACGAAAAAUAACGAUGUUCGACUCGUGUUUGAUGCAUUGAGGUAUUUGGCAACUCUGCUGUGUCACAAGAAAUUUGCCAUCGAGUUCGUAAAUUCAAACGGAAUUGAGCGUCUUUUGAACGUCUACGAACCGUCGAUGGCGUCCGCUGCCGUUUCCCUUUGUCUUUAUUACCUCUCAUACAACGAGGAUGUCAUGGAGAAGAUAUGCAACCUUCCGGGUGCCGUACUGGAUGACUUGGUGAAUUACGCGUUAUGGCUGCUUGAGCAUUCUUACGAAUCCGGCCGUUGCCAUGUGACCAUCUUCUUCACCUUCACGUUCAUGUUUCGGCCGAUUCUUGAACGCUUUGAUGCUAGAGAUGGCCUUCGGAAGUUGUACAAUCAUAUUUCAACAUUGAGCAUUUUGCAAGAUGAGUCCCGGGCCAGAAUUUUGUCUGACGACCAAAUCUUUGCCAGCAGACAGGCAGUUCGUCAAGUGUGCAAUGCUCUUAAAAAGUAUUUUGAGGCGCAGCUGUCAAUAAAGUUCGAACAGCUGAAGAAGAAACAUGCAAGUGACAGUAAAGAGGGUUCUUCCGCAGAUGAACAUGCGGCUGCGAAUGCACAUUCAAGUUAUAAGCCUCUCAAAAUGGAACCAUCGACGAUCGAGAACUGCGUUACGACUAUGUUAGAAAUUAUGCCCAUGCGGACAACGUGGAAAGCGGUAGAUGUGCUGCAGCGACUAAACGGCAUCACGUUGCUCCUUCGAAUAAUCUGCAACGCUUCAGAUUGGUACUACACCGGAAAGGUUGAAGCGGUAUGUGGUGCUCUUGAUGUUCUGUGGAUAUGCUCUGUUAUUCCAAGCGUGCAGAUGGAAUUCACGCAAGCCUGUGAUUCGGAAAAUGGUAACGAACCAGAAAUUCAAAAGUCUGCUUUGCGCAUCAUCAACAACUGCGUCUGCGGUACACCACUUAGAGUUUUGAGAAACUUGAUUUUUUCGAAGACGCCGAUCACCGAAGCAGAUUCAAUCCGGGCUUUGGCCUGCAAGGCGUUAAAUGGUUUAGCUCGUUCAGAGAUCGUGCGGCAAAUUGUCAGCAAGACACCUCUCAUUUACAACAACCAACUGCAUCUCCUCAUGCGCGAGCCGGUUCUAUUAGAUAAUCGGGCGGAACACGUGAAAUUCAGCGAGUAUGGCCGACAGUUGAUUGAGCGAGUCACCGGAAGGCCGAUAUCGGAUUUUAAGGACCUCACUCAGGACCGAUUACACAAAGUAAUACCUGUUUUUUCAAAAACUGUUUUAACCACCUAUUUGUUUUUCUUUGUUAAGGCAAGCGUCGUUGCUCAAACUAAAAUCACUUAUGAUGAAAAGGAACUGCUGCAGUUGAUUUGGGAUCACCUGUCGAAGAAGGGCUUCAAGAAGUCAGCGGCAUUGCUUCGUGAGGAGGCGGCGUUGCCUACUAUCACGCAGGACUCACCACCCACUCCGGUGUCUUCGAAGUUUCUUCUUUAUCAUCCGCCAUCCGCGGGAUAUCGAUGUGCAACCCAGCUCACCAUGGAUAACUGGUCGCAUGGCACGCAGAUGGUUGGUGGAAUUACUAGCUAUCUGAUGAGCAGCAGUCAUCAGGCCACGUUCUCUAAAGCGAACCCCGCUGCUCAGAAUGCUUGUUCGUCCGGCCGUGGUAGUGGCGGCGAUUCUGCGUUGCGUCUCUUGCGUCAGCCGUCAUCGACCGUCGUUCCUGUCAGACUAAAUUCGCUUUCUCGGAGUCCAUAUAUGAGUCGUGAUUGGUCUAAAGAGCGACACCUGCGUCCAACUCCCGUGAUCAAUCUCAAGAAAGCCAUGGAGAAACGGAAACCAAUCGGCCUGUCGCUUGACUCCAUCAUUACCGAGUACCUGCGAAAGCAGCACGCACUUUGUCUCAACCCACAGCACUUGGUUCAAUAUUGUGUCUGCUUUAGUCCUCAUCAGUGCCCAGAGCCAAAGUUAAAGCGCCAUGCUCCAAAUAACUUCAGCUCCAGAGUUUAUCACAAGCCGUAUUUUCCCAUCGGCGGCGGCUAUGAUGGCGUUCGUGCCGACAUGCGGUACAUCUUUAGCCGGUUCAAACCUGUCAAAACGGUCAAAGAUGAAGACAGCGAUAGCGCGUUUACCUGUUGUUCCUUUUCGAUUAACGAAAGGUUUUUGUUAUUGGGCACUUAUGCUGGUGAUCUGAAGUCAUACCGAAUACAUGACAUGAGCGAAGUGGCAACUGUUUCCUGCCAUGCCUCAGCGCUGACCAGUAUUCAGCAGUCAAACGAUCAGUCGCUUUUACUCACCUCCUCCGCUUUCGUGCGACCCUUUUCUGCUCUGUGGCGGCGCGGAGAGUCAUUUGAGAGCAGGCUGAAGUUCGAAGAUGAUAUUUUCGUAGAAUUUAGCAAUUUGCCUCAGGACAGAAUUGUCGGAACCGAGCACACCAAGGCGAACAUAUAUGACAUUGCCACCGACGGAAUUCUGUGGGACGUUCGGUCUGCUUCAGUGGUACACAAAUUCGACAAAUUGAACUCGCACAUCUCUGGUCGUUUCCAUCCGCAGGGAUUGGAGAUAAUCAUCAACACUGAAGUGUGGGACAUUAAGACCUUUCAUCUGCUGCACACCGUACCGGCAUUGGACCAAUGUAAAAUCGUGUUUAAUGGAACAGCUGAUAUCAUUUACGGAGCUGUCCAGGAUUUUGAGGAUAUGGAGGACUCUGAAAGGCCAGGCGUCAAAAGUCCCUUUGGUUCUUCUUUUCGGACUUUCGAUGCUGCCGACUACUCAUUAAUAGCAACCAUCGAUAUUAAGAAAAACAUAUUUGAUCUGUGCACCAACAAGUCAGACAACUACGUGGCCAUAAUUGAGAAUCAAGGUUUAAACCAAGACUUGCAUUCAAUGGGUGAAAACGUGUGCAGGCUUUACGAAGUAGGCAUGAAACGUGAAUCAGAGGCUGAUCAAGAACAGAGAUACAUGUAA